UAACCGAGCGCAAAUAAGUCGCAAUCGCGCUGCGCUGAGGACGAGUGACGACUGCUUACCACUACUACACCGUGCAUUGAUAACAGUAACGUUGCUCCAGAAAUUUCCAUACUUUUUAGUGCUUCGUCGAGUAACCGUCCAGUAUCAAAGCUUUGUCCAACGUGUCUCUCGACGCGACGAAAUCGGUGCUUGCGAUGUAUCGGUUCACUUGAGCAUUCCCGCGGCAUUCCCGGCGCUCGUACGUGCGUUAAUUCGUACUGUCACUCGCCGCCUACGACGUGGCUUCGCACGAAGUGAGCAUGUAACGACGACGAAAAUGCCGCUUAGUAUCGUGAUACAAGCGCGGUGUCAGGUGUGCAAAAAAGGAUCUCGACUCCCGACUGACGAUCACCGAUCACCGAUCACCGUGAUGUUAUCGUAAUGUCCCUCGCCUCGAGCACAAACAGAUGGGCCUCGAGGAUAGUCAUAGUAUUACAGCUGACUACCUGGAGCGCCGUCAGCAUCGUCCUCCUCCAGAAGGGCGUUAGCUCGUUGCAAAGAAGAAUGCUCGAAACGACUAGCCACGUUAUCGAGUCGAGACAGCCGGGAAGUCAGUUGACGGGGAUCGACCAGCGUGCCGACAAUCUCGAGGGCGAGGACACGUCGAGCAAGAUCCCGAGGAUAACCCGCGACGAGGAGCGUACUCUCGACAACGCGAGCUCGAGGAUCAUCCGGGCGUGGGAGGAGGCCGUUAUCGCGCCGGGACUCGUGCCCGAACCGGCCUCGCGGCAGGAGGAGGAGGAUGGAAGAAGUAGGAUAGAGGAGAACAGAAACGCGACGGAGCGGGAAGCCGAUCUCGCGGGAAACGCGCCGCGAUCGACGAGGCGCGAGCCGGAGACGCGGGCGCGGAAGUCGCCCGGCCGCGGCUGGGAGACCGGCGAGCGAGUUGCGAGCGCGCUUGGCGGAAGCAAGAGCGGAACGAGCUUCUCCCGCAUAAGCGACAGCGGAGCGACGACGGCUGUUGCCAUGGUGGUGAUCGGAGUUAUCAUGCUGGUGCUGGCACCGACCGUGAUCAUUUUGCGGAUUCUGGACGAGAGGAAGCAGGCGAGGAAGCUAGUCGCGCUGUCCAGUGCGCGGGAGGACCUGCCGCCAGCGUACGAGCAAGUCGUCUUUACGAGCGAGGAGGCGCCAAGAUACUCGACGCUCUCCUUAAACGAUGACUACUCGUCCCCGCCCCCGUCGGCUACGGCGUCGCUGAUCAAGUCAAAUUCUACGUAGAAUACGUAUACAAAGAGAGUGUGUUUCCUUUUAAUAUUAAUACAUGUAAUAAAGUAUUACUUAUUUUAUAAAACGGUUUUUGUAAGUUCUUAAUGAAUGGUCGUAAUGGAGAAGAGAGGAGGAAAAGGGAAGAAGAGAGAAUACAGUUAAGAAAAGUUUUAAUAUAUAGAAUAUAUAUCGCUUUUAAUAUGAAUAAAGUAUUAUUUUAUAAUUACCAUAAUGAUUUUAUGUACGACUUAAAAGUUAAAUAUAUGAUACCAA